ACGUCACUAACGCGGAAGUGCAGUUUUUUAUGUUGCUUAUCGUUUCUGCGGGAAAUUCGAAAGUAAAAAGAAAGGAGCCAGUUUGUGUCACGACGACCCCAUUUCAUCGAUAUAGUUUGUAGGCGUAGCGUUUCCAGUACGUUUGUGUUUUGUUUCUCUAAGUAGGUAGGCUAAAACAAGAUGUCAAAUCCUGAGCCCGUCUUGCUGGGUCGAAAACGGACCCUGCCCGCCUGCCCGAACCCCCUAUUCCUCAAGUGGCUCACUGAACUAAGGGACGAAGCCAGGGAGAAAGGCCUAAAGAUCCAGUACACUUACCAAAAGGCAAUCAACUCUCUUAAUAAAUAUCCACUUCCUCUUCGGGAUGCCAAAGAGGCCAAGAUACUGCAAAACUUUGGAGAUGGGAUAUGCAAAAUCCUGGACUCUAAACUGCAACAAUACCUCACAGAAAAUGGUCAAGACAGUCCUAUUCAUGCGCUCCCUGAAGGAGUGUCUUCUCCUGGCAGGUCAGACAACAACAAAGCACCUCCCACCAAAAAGAAAAAUGCUAGGGAGAAGGAAGGUGGUGAAAAGAAGAAGAGGGAGUACCUGCCCCAGAAAGGAUCCGGUGGUUACGCUGUCCUGUUGACACUUUAUAGACAGUUGCAGAUGCCAGGCAGUAAAGGCUUCAUGUUCAAGAUGGAGCUGCAGGCCGAAGCACAGCAUCUUUGUAAUAAAUCCUUCGCAGUGCCUGACCUCGGCAGUAAGUACACAGCUUGGUCGUCAGUGGCCACGCUGGUGCAGAGGAACCUGCUGGUAAAGACCCACAGUCCGGCACGAUACUCUCUGACACAGGAAGGUGUGUCUUUAGCACAACGUCUAGACUCUGUUGAACCAGGUUCUAAAGCAGGUCCACAUGUGAUUGGUGAUGAGGAGGAGGAAGGUGGUCCAGCAGUCGUUGACCUCACUGGUAGUGGUGAUGAAGAUGAAGAAGAAGAGGAAAAGGAUAUAAUUCAGCUGACGCAGCCGAUGAACGAGGUGCUCAGCCGUGGAUGCCUCCUACCCGGAACCUAUGACAUUGUCCUGUGUGUCGACUUCAUAGAGACAACAGGCGGCAGCCAUCAUCGAAAACACGAGCUGGUCAAAGAGUUGCAGACGAACGGCGUUCACUUUGACGUCAGGAAGCUCAACGUUGGCGACUUUCUGUGGGUGGCUAGGGAGAAGGUCGCGCCCAUGUCAGCUGCAGGCAGAGAGCUUGUUCUUGAUUUCGUCAUCGAGAGGAAGCGGAUGGACGACCUGUGUGGCAGCAUCAUCGACGGACGCUUUAAGGAACAGAAGUUUCGCCUGAAGAGGUGUGGCCUACGGAAGCCCAUCUACCUGGUGGAGGAACAGGGGAAGGCGGCAGCACACUUGAGCCUUCCUGAAAAGACGCUGCAGCAAGCCAUUGUCAACACGCAGGUGGUGGACGGCUUCUUUGUUAAGAGGGUGCAGGACGUGAGAGAGUCUGCGGCCUAUCUGAGCAUCAUGACACGAUACCUCACCAAAGUGUACCAGAACCGAACGUUAGUCUGCCGCUCCCGAGAGCGAGACGGUGACCCAGACUGUGAUGACGACCCCCGGUCCUGCUCGCUCAUGUCUUUCGCAGAGUUCAACUACGGCGCCAUCAAGAACAAGAGUCAGACGGUGCGAGAAGCCUUUGCCAGACAGCUGAUGCAAGUUAGCGGCUUGUCUGGAGAAAGAGCGGCUGCUAUACUGGAGCAAUACAGUACUCCACACAGUCUCCUGAAAACAUACGACAAAUGCAAAAGCGAAGCUCAGAAAGAAAAACUGCUAUCUACAAUCCAAUACGGGAGGCUGAACAGGAAAUUGGGACCAGCUUUGAGUCGAACUCUGUACCAGUUGUACUGUAGCAAUGGAGCGCUAUACUAGAUUGUUCAAGAUAGAGGAUUUAUGAAAAAGUGUACUGCAAAAUAUCAAAUGGGAUAACCCAAGGAGUCAUGUGAGAUGUUGCAACAGUUUAUUCUCUCAUCCUGACACCAAACAAGCCGGAUGGAAACUAGAGAAUGAAUGAAGAUCAGAAACACGUCGACUCCUUAAAAGUGAAUAGAAAGAAUAUUGUUUCUUUUUUUCUGGUCCCUCACGACAAAUUCACUUAUUUACACACUGGAAUAUAAAAACUUGUCUGACUAUUUAAGUGCAAUUUGUUUCAGUGCACACAGCCUCCAAAGUGGAACCAUCAUGCAAGCAAAGUGAUUGAUUGCAAAGAGCAAACACAACAAGAUGGAACCACAACUUUAUGAAUCCUCCUGUGAGGAUGUCAGUCUGCAUCGCACAAGCGCCAUUUGUAAGCGUUCAACUCCUCUGCUGUGUCAGCUUUAUCUUCACUGUAUUCCAAA